CAUCAUGCCAGAGAAGGAGGGAGCCAGGCAGGAGGGGGAGACCUAAACCCGUCGCUGAGCCACGAAGGCACAUCAGCACUCCGUGGGAUGGACGCUCCUGGGAGCAAAAAAAUUCUGAGAGGCAGAGGCAGAAGGAGAGCGCUGGCGUGGGCAGGGCAGAGUUAGGAGAGGAGCAGGUCGCAGCGGAGAAGUAGCUCUUCGGAGGGGAAAAAAAUAAACCUGGGCUGGAGGCGAGCGAGGACUGCAGAGAGACUUCCCUGAUUCCUGCGGUCCGGCUGAGGCGUUUCAUGGUGAGAUGGAGAGAGCGGCCGCUUUCCCGUUCCCCUGAUGCUGGCUCGGCGCGGCUGGAGCCGGCGGCAGCCCUCGGCAGGACCCGGGCGCGUGCCCAGGAGCAAUCGCAAUGGCCGUACUGGUCCCAGCUCGCCACAGGUGAAACCUGGAGCUGCCCAGUCCCACGUGAGUGCUGCUGCAUGAGCUCCCACGGCCUGGCAGCUCCCACGGCCCCCUGACACCUGAUGACCGAGCGAGCCAUGGGCAGCGUCCGGGUCAAUCGGUACAGCAUUGUCUCCACCGAGGAGGAUGGGCACAAGGUCUCUACGCUGGGCAGCAUGAACGGGCACAGCCGGAAUGGCAAGGGCCACGCUCCCCGGCGGAAGCACCGCAACCGCUUCGUGAAGAAGAACGGCCAGUGCAACGUUUACUUUGCCAACCUGAGCAACAAAUCCCAGCGCUACAUGGCCGACAUCUUCACCACCUGUGUGGACACGCGCUGGCGGUACAUGCUGAUGAUCUUCUCCGCCGCCUUCCUGGUCUCCUGGCUCUUCUUCGGCUUCCUCUUCUGGUGCAUCGCCUUCUUCCACGGCGACCUCAAUGCACCGGCCGUGGCAGGUAGUCCCUCUCUGCUCAAGCCCUGCAUCAUGCACGUGAACAGCUUCCUGGGGGCUUUUCUUUUCUCAGUGGAGACGCAGACAACCAUCGGGUACGGCUUCCGCUGCGUGACUGAGGAGUGCCCGCUGGCCAUCAUGGCAGUUGUGGUGCAGUCCAUCGUGGGCUGCGUGAUUGAUUCCUUCAUGAUUGGCACCAUCAUGGCCAAGAUGGCAAGGCCCAAGAAGCGGGCCCAGACCCUCCUCUUCAGCCAUCAUGCCGUCAUCUCCGUGCGGGAUGGCAAACUGUGUCUCAUGUGGAGGGUGGGCAACCUGAGGAGGAGUCACAUCGUGGAGGCCCAUGUCCGAGCCCAGCUCAUCAAGCCCUACAUGACGGAGGAAGGGGAAUACCUCCCCCUGGACCAGCGGGACCUAAACGUGGGCUACGAUGUGGGUCUGGAUCGUAUAUUUUUGGUCUCACCCAUUAUUAUUGUUCAUGAGAUUGAUGAGGAGAGCCCCCUCUAUGGGAUUGGCAAGGAAGAACUGGAGACGGAGAAUUUUGAGAUUGUGGUUAUUCUGGAGGGGAUGGUGGAAGCCACAGCCAUGACCACACAAGCACGAAGCUCUUACCUUGCUAGCGAAAUCCUUUGGGGUCAUCGCUUUGAACCGGUUGUGUUUGAGGAGAAGAACCACUACAAAGUGGAUUACUCGCGCUUUCACAAGACAUAUGAGGUAGCUGGCACACCUUGCUGCUCAGCCCGGGAGCUGCAAGAGAGCAAGAUGACCAUCCUACCUUCUCCACCACCUCCCAGUGCCUUCUGCUACGAGAAUGAGCUGGCACUUGUCAGUCAAGAUGAAGACGAAGAUGAUGAUGAAGUGGGUGUAGUGUUAGGGGGCAACACCAAGGAGGAGGGAGGUAUCAUCCAGAUGAUGGAUUUUGGAAGCCACCUGGACCUGGAGCGGCUCCAGGCAACUCUGCCUCUAGAUACAAUCUCAUACCGCAGGGAGUCAGCCAUCUAACUCCUCUAGCCUCCCCAUUCCACACCCGUUGCCCACAGUCUCCUCUGUUCCGUACCCAUACACUGGAUAAGUCCUUUCACCACCAAAUAAUGCCUCCCAUGAUUGCCUCUCAGCCCCCAGAUACACCAAGGCCUGGAGCUGCUCGGAUAUACUCUCUUUCUCGUGAGGUCGUAAUGCCUGGGAGAGGAGUGAGGAUACACUGCUCUUUCUGGGUGUGCAGCUUGGGCUAGAACCCCUCUCCUGCCCAGAGACAGGAGGGCAGCAGGCCUGGUUUCUUGUCUCUGGAGAGGUGGCAGGAGUCCCUGCCUUCGGUGGACAGACUGGGACCCACAGCAAGUGUUUCUGCUGCUGAGGCAACAGCAGACUUUGUCACCUCUCACUGUGGGUAGGCCCCAUGGCUGGCAAGGGUCAUCGCUGUCACCGGGAGAGGAGCAACACCUAAGCACUGACCAGAUGAGGAUAGAAGGGAGAGUUUGGGACUCUUGGAGGGAGCAGGGAAGGAUCACAAGGGAGGAGUUUACUUGCAUGUUUGUUGCUUGUUGCACAUGAUUUUGUAUAUAAAAGAGAAGGAGAACUGCAAUCGAUUUUUCCACGGCAAACGCCAAGCUAGGAGACAAGGACGUUCUACACCGGCUGCUCUGCACUCUCCUUGGCUUUCAGUGUCUGUCACCUCCAGAAGCAGCUCGGCUCCAUGGACUCAGAUCCAGUUCUCCCAGUCCUCUUGAAAAACAUGUCCUGCUCCUCUC